AUGACUCUUACAUUUCACAUUCGGCCGGCUAACGUAGACGAUGUGGACUCCAUGCUCAGGUUGGUUCAAGACCUUGCGACUUAUGAAAAAGAACCCGAGUCCGCAAGGGCUACCCCUGCUCUGUUUCGAGAAAAUGUAUUCGAAAAGAAAUAUGCUCACACCAUCCUCGCAUUCGAGGGAACGCCCGAGGCACCCGGAAUCGCAUUGGGCAUGGCGCUUUAUUUCUUCAAUUUCUCAACAUGGACAGGCAAGCCUGGCCUCUUUGUGCGUCUUAAUUCUGAUUCGCCUACGCCGCACCGCGACGCUGCCUCUCUAUUAACACUUCGCAUACAGCUUGAGGAUUUGUAUGUAUCCCCGGAAGCAAGAAAUAAGGGCAUAGGCAAAGCCCUUUUCGCGGAGCUGGGCAAGAUAGCACAGGAGAAGGGCUGCGCACGCCUCGAUUGGUCGGUACUCAAGUGGAACACUCCAUCGAUCGCAUUUUAUGAAAAAAAAUUGGAGGCUAAAGCAAUGGAAGAAUGGAUGGGUAUGCGGCUGGAGGAACAGGGGAUCGAGAAUCUGCAGAAGCUCACCCUCCACGCGGCCUGA